AUGAGCUCCAUCAGACCGCAUGAGAAGCUCCGAUCGGGCUGCGUCGAAUGUAAGCGACGCAAGAUCAAGUGUGAUGAAACGAAACCAAUCUGUAAUCGCUGUGAAAAGCGACCCGACAAGUGCAAAUAUGAAUUCAAACUUUGCUGGACGGAAGGAAGGCCGUUCAAGAAUAAAAAUCGCCAGAAAGACAAGGCUCGACAGCAACAAGCAUCCCAAGAUGCACAACCGAGCGCCUCGGGGAGUGCUCGUGAGUGGCAGUCCGAGCCUACGAUACGUCCAGCAAAGCCUCCUGGAGAGAGCGAUGUAGGGCUAGUCAGCGGUCGUGCCACUGGAGUGCAAGAUAAUUCGGCCGAGGACGACAUUGACCGCCGGGCGUCACUGGCCCUGUCCGUGAGUACGUGCUCGGAUUACUCGGUGGCUACUCCGCGGACAGCGAGCUUCAGUUGGGUAGAUCAAUCCAAUUCCUAUGCAUAUCAACAAGAUCCCGCUGGGAUGAGCUGGCAUCAUUGGCAACCCGUCAACACACAAGGCCAACAAAAACAGCCCCCUCCGCCCGUGUUUCAAUAUCAAUGGCAGGUCCCUCGGACCAUAUCAACCACGGCAUCACCUAUUAUGUCAUCACCCGAGAGUCGAUUCUUUCUACAUCACUAUAUCACCAAUACGGCGGGCGUUAUUUUCCCUCUUUCGCUCAAGGCCAACCCGCUUAGCGAGUCCCUUCUUCAAUCCGCCAUGAACUCCUCACAUCUCUUAUAUGCAUUCCUCGCGUGCUCCGGCUCUCACUACAUCAGCCUUCGAGGAGAUUCAACGGGAGAAAUGUCCAAGAGUGUCACAAAAUUUACCAACGCGGCCCUGAACGGGCUACGCAAGGCCAUGGUCGAUCCAAACCAGGCCGGUCAACUAAGCACACUAACCACAGCACUUGCACUAUGCACAUCUGAUGUUAUAUCUGGGGGGAUGAAUACCUGGAGAAUCCACCUAUCGGGGGCCAGUAACCUGGUCGCGUCCGUCUUUGAACUUCAAAGCAACGAUGAUUCAAUCAGCACCCAAGACCCAACGAAGCUUUUCCUGAUCAAAUGGUUUACACUUCUCGAUAUCUUCGCCGGCGUCGGCGGGCUUCGGAAGAGUGCCAACGCCGGAAGCUAUUGGUCACUGCCCACGUCCAACGACACGGGCGGCUACAUUGAUGAGUGGACCGGGUAUUCGCUGGACUUGAUCCCGAUUAUGUCAGAGAUCGGAAAGUUGGCCCGAAUACAACGAAAACGAUCCAAAAUCAUGUCUCUCAACGAUGACGAAUCUGAAGACGAAGCAGCCAACCAACAAGCUCGUCUGGAUACGGCGGAAGAUGUCCAGCGCAUCGAGAACCAAAUCUAUGCACUUUAUGACCGCACGACACAUCCAGACCUAGAGUCCAACCCAACUUUGAAGAUGACGGCGCAAGAAAUGCGAUAUAUUCAUCGAAUCUUCCUGCACACUAAUCUUCUCCAUCUCUAUCGUCGUGUGCAAUGGUUGCCAAAAGAGCAUGCCAAACCAGCUCAUGCGAUUCACAUGGUCAUCGAGCUGCUGCUCAAGAUCAGGCCAACGUCCAUGGCGAAUAUUCUCUGUCUUUGGCCCGUUUUCACAGUCGGCUGCGAAACUGAAGAUCCGACUCACCGGAAGAUCCUCAAAGAUCGACUCGCGAAUAUGGAGGCGUUCGGGAUGGGUAAUGUGCAGAGUGCCCGGAAGGCAAUGGUGGAGUACUGGGAAUGUCAUGUCAAGGAGAGAUGGGAUAUUUGGCUGGAAGAUCGUGGUUUUGAUCUGAGUCUUUUCUGA